AUGGACCUAUUUGAAAAUGGUACAUCGCUUCUAAACGUAACAACAGCCCGCAUACGAACAACGACAAGAUACGUCGAAAGUCCAUUGAACUCAUGGUACAUCGGUGGAAUUCUAUUUAUGUUAAGUGUUAUUCUGGUCCUUCUGUAUGCAAAUUUCUAUCGUGAAAACGCUUUUCAAAUUCUCUGGCAUCGAUUGUUAACCAAGUUGCAUAUUACACAUCGACCAAUCACAUUCGAACCAUCACCAGCUACCGAUCGGCUUUCAAUAUGA